CAGCCGGAGCUUCCCUUGGCCGGGCCUGGGACGGUGGGCGCGGGUAUUUGCGGGACUGGGGACGCCCGCCCGCAGAGCUGUGUGAUUCCGGGGCGGGGACAGCGUGGGCACGCCCAGCCUAACGCCGCCUGGGUCCGAGAGUCGGCAGGCUGUGGCCUGGGCACCGGGAGUAGCCCACGUGCUCGGCCCGCGGUCUGGAGACGGGGACGAGCGCACAGAAAGUUUGGAGGCUGAGCCGGCGGCGCGGCUGGGCUGUGUGCGAGCGCGGCCGCCACGUGGGCUUUGCUCCCCGGGUUCAGGUUCGUGGGCCCCAGCUACCGGAAGUGCUAAUCCAGUAGGCUUGAUGUAGAGCCCAGAAAUGUGCACGUUAACCAGCGUUCCUGGUGACUCCACCGCGCUGUGAAAUGCAGCCCUGGAGAUGAUGCGGACACACCUCCCUCCCCGGAUGGGUGAUAACCGCUGGGGGCUAAAGUGCUUUUCAGCUGUGACAAUGCUGCUGAACACCAAAGGGCCAGCUGCUGUCAGAAGAAUAGUCCCUGCUGAACAAACCAUGUUUCCCUCAACUUUGUUUUCUGUUUGCAUUUCCUCACGGCGUGGUCUUGAAGACAGAACGAUGCCAAAGAAAGCAAAGUCUAUGGGGCCUGGGAAGGAAGAGGGGCCAGUUCCUCGGAAACAGCUGAAGGUGGAGGCAGCUGGGGGGCCCUCCUUUUUAAACUUUGACAGCCCCAGUGAUUUGUUUGAAAGUUUAAUUUCGCCCAUCAAGACAGAGACUUUUUUCAAGGAAUUCUGGGAACAGAAGCCCCUUCUUGUUCAGAGAGAUGACCCUGCGCUGGCCGCAUAUUACCAAUCCCUUUUCAAGUUGUCAGAUCUGAAGAGUCUGUGCAGCCGGGGUAUGUACUAUGGAAGAGACAUAAAUGUCUGCCGGUGUGUCAAUGGGAAGAAGAAGGUUUUAAAUAAAGAUGGCAAAGUGCACUUUCUUCAGCUGAGAAAAGAUUUUGAUCAGAAAAGGGCAACAAUUCAGUUUCACCAACCUCAGAGAUUUAAGGAUGACCUAUGGAGGAUCCAGGAGAAGCUUGAAUGCUACUUUGGUUCCUUGGUUGGCUCGAAUGUGUACAUAACCCCUGCUGGAUCUCAGGGCCUGCCACCCCACUAUGAUGAUGUUGAGGUGUUCAUCCUGCAGCUGGAGGGAGAGAAGCACUGGCGCCUUUACCACCCCACCGUGCCCCUGGCUCGGGACUACAGCGUGGAGGCAGAGGACAGGAUCGGGAGGCCGGCCCACGAGUUCACGUUAAAGCCUGGUGAUUUGUUAUACUUUCCCAGAGGGACCAUUCAUCAGGCGGACACCCCUCCGGGGCUGGCCCACUCGACUCACGUGACCAUCAGCACCUACCAGAACAAUUCAUGGGGAGAUUUCCUUUUGGACACCAUUUCAGGGCUUGUGUUUGACGCUGCAAAGGAAGACCUGGCAUUCCGGGCUGGCAUCCCCCGGCAGCUCCUCCUGGUGGGAACCACAACUGCUGCUGUAAGAAGACUGAGUGGCUUUCUGAGGACGCUUGCAGACCGUCUGGAAGGCACCAACAAGCUGCUGUCAUCAGACAUGAAGAAGGAUUUUGUUAUGAACAGACUCCCACCAUACUAUGUGGGAGACGGAGCAGAACUUGCAACUCCAGGUGGACAGCUGCCCAGGUUGGACAGCGUAGUGAAGCUGCAAUUUAAGGACCACACUGUCCUCACAGUGAAGCCAGAGCAGGAUGAAUCUGAUGAAGCUCAAGAAAACAUGGUUUUUGUGUAUCAUUCCUUAAAGAAUAGGAGAGAGACACACAUGAUGGGAAGUGAGGAAACAGAGUCUCAUGGACUUCGCUUUCCUUUGUCUCACGUGGAUGCACUGAAGCAAAUUUGGAACAGCUCACCUGUUUCUGUCAAGGACCUGAAACUUCCCACGGAUGAGCAGAAGGAAGCCCUGGCCCUGGCCCUCUGGACGGAAUGUUUAAUCCAGGUGGUCUAGUGCUGUCACAGAGCCGAGCGUCCUGCAUUUCACAUCUGCACAGUAGAAGACGACCUGCGGUUUAAGUGCCAGGGAGCCCCUUUCGGUCUGCACCAACGGACUGGGUUGGAGGAGCGGUUACAUACAACUCGGCCUGCAUGUGUCUCUGAUAAUCUGAGACCUGCCUGUAGCUGGCGGUCAGCUGGCCAUGCGUACUAACAGAGGCACGUGGGAGAAAGAAUGGCAGAUUACUGGGCAUCUAGAAAGUGACAAAACCAUACUUUUGACAAGUUUAUUUAAUCCAGUGUGGUAGAAAAGGCACAACUACAAUAAAUGUAUCAGUUAAAUUUAAAAA